AUGGGGGGAGCCAGGCCAGUGACGCGGGCCAGGUGGGACGCGCCGCGCCGGGCCGCCGGCUGGGCUGACGCCUUUGCCUCCAGAGGGAUUCCGGCCUUGGUGGAUCUCGCCGCCAUGCGGGAGGCGGUGAAGACUCUCGGCGGGGACCCCGGGAACGUCCACCCCGCCUGCCCGGCAGACCUCACUGUUGACCACUCUCUGCAGAUUGACUUCAGCAAAUGGUACUUUGCGCGGAAGCGGAAGCUGGCGCGCUGGGACGCAGGGCGGGGGCCCAGGCAGCCCCCCACCCCGUUCCGCCUGAGGGGCCGCGAGGCUCGGGGCGGGCCGAGCCCUCGGGUGGGCGCGUCGGGAGGGUGGGGCCGGGCUGAACGGCCGAUCUUCCCGCCUAAUGCUGACUUUUCUCUCAGACCUGAAACGGUGUUAAGAAAUCAGGAGAUCGAAUUUGGCCGGAAUCGGGAACGGCUUCAGUUUUUCAAGUGGAGCUCCCGGGCCUUCAAGGGUGUGGCCGUCGUCCCUCCCGGCGCCGGGAUGGCGCACCAGGUGAACCUGGAGUUUCUGUCCAGAGUGGUCUUCGAAGAAAAGGACCUCCUCUUCCCGGACAGCGUCCUGGGCACCGACUCCCACAUCACCAUGGCCAACGGCCUGGGGAUUCUGGGCUGGGGGGUCGGAGGCAUCGAGACCGAAGCCGUCAUGCUGGGCCUGCCGGUGUCCCUCACGCUGCCGGAGGUGGUGGGCUGUGAGCUCACGGGGCUGCCCAGCCCCUUCGUCACGUCCAUAGACGUCGUGCUCGGCAUCACCAAGCACCUCAGGCAGGCCGGCGUGGCCGGGAAGUUCGUCGAGUUCUUCGGCAGUGGCGUUUCGCAGCUGUCCGUGGUGGACCGGACGACGAUCGCCAACAUGUGUCCAGAAUACGGUGCUACCCUCAGCUUCUUCCCCGUGGACGACGUGACCCUCAGGCACCUCGAGCACACAGGCGUGGACAGGGCCAGACUCCGCUCCAUGGAGACCUACCUCAGGGCCGUGAAGCUGUUCCGCACGGGCCAGCGCGACUCGGCGGAGCCCGAGUACUCGGAGGUGCGUGGGCACGCGAAGUCGCUGGCGUCGCACUGUCCCGUCCGGGCGUCCGGGGCCUCGUGGGCGCGGUCUGCGGCCGGCCGGGGUCUUUCAGCUGCCGGGAGCCCACAUUCUCCCGGCAGCUCGUUUCCCGGGAAUUCUGUUUCGGGGCGCUUACUUGCGCACUGGCCACAGGUGCAGGGGUGGUGAGAGGCCCCAGAGACAGUGGGGA